AUGACUGUGGCAAGCUGGUUGUGCAGUUCCUGGGAGGAAUCGGCUGGACUCUGGGACUCGAACCGGACAUGGUACACAGCUAUCCCAAGCUUUACCCCAUGCUUUCGGAAUACUAUGCUGCUCUGGAUUCCAUGUAUCUACCUUUGGGUCUUGUUUCCCUUCUACUACCUUUAUCUCCAGAGAAACAGCAGAGGUUAUAUAAGGAUGUCGGCUGUCUUCAAAUCUAAAAUGGUUCUUGGCCUCACCUUGCUGUUGCUGUGUUUCUCAAGCAUCAUCUUCAUUCUCUGGCAAGCAAUCCAAGGGGUCCCAGAGGCACCCAGAUUGAUCAUCAGCCCUGCUUUACAGAUGGUUACACUGAUACUUGUUGCAUUUCUCACCCAGACGGAACGAUUAAAAGGUGUCCAGUCUUCAGGCGUGCUGCUGAUUUAUUGGUUGCUGUGUUUCUUUUCUGCUACCAUCUCCUUUAGCUCUAAAAUUCAACAUGCCCUGGAAGGUGGCUUCCGAAAUGACCCCUUCCAUCAUGUUUGCUCAUAUAUUUACUUCACCUUGAUCUUAUUAGAGCUCGUGCUCUGCUGUUUCACAGAUCAGUCUCCUUUCUUCUCCCAAGAUGCUAACCAGUGUCCAGAAGGCAGGGCCUCGUUUGUGUCCCAAAUCACUUUCUGGUGGUUUUUUGGGCUGCUCUGGAAGGGAUACUGGCAGCCAUUACAAACAGAAGACCUGUGGUCCUUAAGAAGAGAAAAUACCUCAAAAGAGAUUGUGACUCAGAUUGAAAAGGCAUGGAAAAAGAAUUGCACAACAGCCAAGCAAGUUGCAGAAUCGGUGCAGUUUAGAAGCGAACAAGCAUGGGAAGGGUCUGAAGAGACUUCUGUCCUGCUGCAGACGGAAUAUUGUACAAGCAAGCCACUUCUGAAAAUUCUCUGGAGUAUGUUUGGGCCCAGCUUUCUCCUUGGAACAUUUGGUUUGGUUAUUGGUGAUAUCUUCUUGUUUUUGAUCCCAAAGACACUGAGCCUUUUCCUAGACUUCAUCACUGAUCAAGAAGCUCCCUCUUGGAAAGGUUAUUUCUGUGCCGUGCUGCUGUUCCUGUUGGCUUGUAUCCAAACUCUGUUUGAGCAACGCUACAUGUAUGUCUGUCUGGCUUUGGGAGUGAAGUUAAAGACUGCCAUUACAGGCCUUGUUUAUCGCAAGAUCUUAGUCCUGUCAGCUGCAGCCAAGAAAACAACAACCGUCGGGGAAAUUGUCAACUUGGUGUCUGUCGAUGCUCAAAAGCUAACAGACCUUAUGGUCUAUUUCAAUGGGACCUGGCUGGCCCCUGUACGGAUUAUCAUCUGUUUUGUCUUCCUUUGGCAGCUCCUUGGGCCCUCUGCUUUGACUUCUGUUGCGGUGUUCCUGUUUCUCUUGCCUCUGAACUUUGUGAUCACCAAGAAAAGAAGCCACUUCCAGGAAGUCCAAAUGCAACAUAAGGAUAGUCGUGCCAAACUGAUCAACUCUAUUCUUGGCAACAUUAAAAUCCUUAAGUUGCAUGGCUGGGAAGAGCACUUUACAGGCCAAGUGCUGGACGUCCGAAUGCAGGAACUUAGGGCACUGAAGAUCUCCCAGUUUCUCUUCUCAGCAUCUCUGGCUUCUUUCCACUCCUCAACGUUUCUGAUUGCUUUCAUCAUGUUUGCCGUCUACACCUUGACAGACGAGCACCAUGUCUUGAAUGCCCAGAACGCCUUCGUCUCUUUGGCCCUGGUCAACAUCCUCAACACUGCUCAUUCAUUCCUUCCCUUUUCCAUUAAUGCCGUCAUGCAAGCCAAGGUUUCUCUCAAACGUUUAGCCACCUUUCUCUGCCUUGAAGAGCUGGAGCCACCAGCAGCAGACCGUGAUUCUUUAGACAGCCUACAGGGUCAUAUUGUUGUAAGGAAUGGAACUUUCAGCUGGGGCAGAGAAGAUCCUCCCUGUCUGAAAAGGAUGAACCUCAUCGUACCCCAGGGUAGCCUGUGUGCUGUGGUUGGCCAGGUAGGAGCGGGCAAGUCCUCCUUACUCUCAGCAUUGCUUGGUGAGCUGCAGAGAACAGAAGGCUGUGUGGCCCUGAAGGGCACGGUGGCUUUCGUUCCCCAGGAGCCCUGGAUACAAAAUGCUUCUGUGGAAGACAAUGUCCUUUUUGGGCAAGGGAUGGAAAGGGAAUGGUACGAGAGAGUGAUCGCAGCCUGUGCCCUGCAGCCGGACCUGGAGGGCUUUCCUGCCGGAAGUCAGACUGAAAUAGGAGAUCAGGGCAUAAAUAUUUCUGGAGGACAGAAACAGAGGCUGGGAUUGGCACGCGCGAGGAAUGCCGCGGUGUACCUCCUGGACGACCCGCUGUCUGCUGUGGAUGCCCAGGUUGGCCAGCACAUUUUUGAGCAGGUCAUUGGACCCAAUGGCUUGUUGAAAGACAAGACUCGUCUUCUGGUGACUAAUGCAGUCCACCUUUUACCCCAAGUGGAUGACAUUAUUGUGAUUGCUAAUGGACAGAUUUCCGAAACUGGCUGCUUCCAAGAACUUGUGCAGAGAGGAGGAGCUUUUGCAGAAUUCCUGAGGUCUCACAAUACCAAAGAGAAAGAAGACCAGGCUUUACAAGAACAGCAACUGAAGGGGGCAAUUCUGAGUAGAGAAAUGACCAGCAGGGUCAAGACUGCAGUCUACCUAAACUACCUGCGAGCAGGAGGCUCCGUCUUCUGGGUCUACAUUGUACUUCUCUUUGUCUGUCAGCAGGCAGCCUCAUUUAGCCGCAGCUACUGGCUGAGCCUCUGGGCCAAUGACCCCAUUUGCAAUGGAACGCAGCAGCACACGCAGCUCCGCGUAGGCGUUUUCUUUUUCCUCGGUGUUACUCAAGCUCUCAGCAAGUUUGCGUCGACAGCCGCUGUAUUCCUGGCUGGGGCAAUGGCAUCCCACAAGCUCUUUGCACGCCUUCUACAGGACGUUGUCCGAUCUCCCAUGAUGUUCUUUGAACAAACACUACACCUUCUGAACCGUUUCUCCAAAGAAAUGGACUCUAUUGAUUCCAUCCUCCCAGACAAGCUGAAGUCCUUGCUUGGAUUUAUGUUCCAUCUGCUGGAGAUUUACAUUGCGAUAAUAGUGGUCACGCCAUUAGCUGUUGUGGCCAUCGUGCCCCUGACUGUCUUGUAUGCUGUGUUCCAGAGCUUCUUCAUUGCCACCUCCUGCCAGCUAAAACGCCUGGAAGCCUGCAGCCGAUCCCCGGUCUAUUCCCACAUUGCAGAGACCUUUCAAGGAAGCAGCAGCAUUCGUGCGUACAAAGACCAGCAACGGUUCAUUUCGCAGAACGAUUUCAAUGUGGAUGAAAACCAGAGGGGUGCUUUUCUUGCUGUGGUGGCUGACAGGUGGCUCGCCACAAACAUGGAGCUCCUAGGGAAUAGUGUUGUCCUUUUCGCAUCUUUACUUGCCGUGAUUAGCAUGCCACACCUCAGCCCAGGAAUGGUUGGCUUUUCUGUUUCUUGUGCUCUUCAGGUUACAGGCAUUUUGAACUGGAUGGUGCGUUCGUUGGCAGAAAUGGAGAACAACAUUGUGUCAGUGGAGAGAGUGAGAGAUUACUCAGAGACACUCAAAGAAGCUCCUUGGACUUUGGGUAGCAACUUUCUAAGUGAAAAUUGGCCUGCUGAAGGAAUGAUUGAAUUUAAAGAUUACGGUUUACGCUGCAGGCCAGACUUGGAGUUAUCACUGAAGAAUAUUAACAUAAAGAUCAAUGGACAAGAAAAAAUUGGCAUAGCUGGACGAACAGGGGCCGGGAAAUCCUCUCUGGCAAUGGGCCUCCUCCGACUAGUGGAAGCAGCAGAGGGAGAAAUCUUUAUUGAUGGAAUCAACAUUGCCCAAUUAAGUCUACGUGACCUGAGAAGCAAGAUAAGCAUUAUCCCGCAGGACCCGGUCUUGUUUCCAGAUUCUCUCAGAAGCAACCUUGAUCCUCUGAAUAAGUACUCUGAUGAAGACAUUUGGAUUGCUUUGGAACGGGUUCUGCUGAAGAGUUUUGUUUUGAAUCUGCCUGGCUGUUUGGCCUAUGAGUGCUCUGAAGGUGGUGGAAAUCUGAGUGUCGGUCAGCGGCAGCUUAUCUGCCUGGCACGAGCGUUGCUUCGAAAAGCGCAAAUCCUGAUACUUGAUGAAGCCACUGCAGCGGUGGAUCCCAUGACAGAUCUUCAGAUUCAGUCCACCAUAAAGACUCAGUUCAGGGAAUGCACUGUCCUGACCAUAGCCCACCGUGUUAAGACCAUCAUGGACUAUGACAGGAUUCUAGUGAUGGAAAGUGGUCAGGUGGCAGAAUUUGAUACCCCAGAGACAUUAAUAGCCCGGAAAGGACUUUUCUACAGAAUGGCUGAAGAAUCUGGCCUAGUAUGA